AUACGUAUCGCGAAAGACAAUCGUCAAAAUGAUAUGCGUAUUGCAAAUGAAACACGUUUGAAAGAUCUUCGCAUUGCUGAAGAAAAUCGUCGUAAAGACAUGGAAAUUGCUGAAGAAAAUCGACGUAAAGAUUUGAAAAUUGCUGAACUACAAAUUAAUAUUGCCGAAGAAAACCGUGCUGGUGCAGUUCGACUUGCCAAUGAAACACGUUCGAAUGAUCUGGUGAUUGCCGCUGAAAAUCGUCGUAAAGACAUUGAAAUAGCUGAAGAAAAUCGUCGUAAAGACAUUGAGAUAGCCGAGGAAAAUCGUCGUAAAGAUUUGAAAAUAGCUGAUUUUCAAAUUAAAAUUGCCGAUGAAAACCGUCAAAACGACAUUCGUAUCGCUAAUAAGACACGUCAAAACGAUCUCAUAAUUGCGUCAGAAAAUCGUCGCAAAGAUAUUGAGAUUGCUGAAGAAAAUCGACGUAAAGAUUUUAAAAUAGCCGAAGCAAAUCGUCAUAAAGAUCGAGAAGUUACAGAAGAUCAACAGAAACAUAGUAUUAUCUCCGCAUACUAUUCGUUUUUAAGUCAACUUCUUUUGAAAGAAGGUGUCCAUCUCGAUAGUGAAAAUCAUGAAGCAGCACGUUUCGUUGCACGUUUCGAAACAUUGAUUGCAUUUCGUCAACUAGAUCCAAAACGUAAGACUCUUCUGUUUAAAUCGUUGUAUGAGGGAGAUUUGGCUGGUCAUUUGGAUAGAGGUAUGGUAAUCGAUCUCUCAUCAGCUGAUCUAACCAAUAUCGACUUUGCUUCACCGCGUGAUCGUAUUGUCGAAACAUUACCAUCUUCGUCUUCAUAUUAUUCGAUGAACUUUAGUUAUACAAAUUUGAACAAUGCAUCAUUUAACUUCGUCACAUUUUACAACGCCAGUUUUGAUCGAGCAGUGAUGGAAGAUGUCAUCAUGUCGUCUACUUUUACAACAUCAAUCUCAUUCAUCAAUACAUCUCUAGUACGCGCUAAAUUUCUCUACUCUCAUCAUACAAACGUCAACUUUUUCAAAGCAAACUUGGAUAAAACACAUUUCGAAGAGUUUAACUGUGAUCGAUGUUCGUUCAACUUCAGUUCAUUGAAAGAUAGUCGUAU